AUGGCGGAACCAGCGGUCACCAGCGCAGAUCGCAUUGAGCUCCUGAAGGCCUUCUAUAGCGACUUGUUGGACCAGAAGGAUUACAUCCCCAAUCGCAGGGCACUCUUGCGAAAACGUGCGGGUGUUCGAGAGAAGGAUCGAUCUGACCUGGGUGAUGAGAAGAAAGGCGAAGCUGAGGAAGAGGUAAACAGCGAGAAUGAAGAAGAGAAGGAGGAGAAUGAAGAAGAGAAGGAGGAGAAUGAAGAAGAGAAGGAGGAGAAUGAAGCCCCACCUACCGCGAGACCCCCGAACCCAGAUGAAUCCGAGACCCUCGAGUACAUGCCUGAUCACGCCACAGGCCUGAUGGAGACGCCCACCAAAGAGUUUCUCAAGAAGUGGAAGAUUGUGGAUGAAAUUGAUGGACACCCGGUUCUAGUACUACGUGACCCGGUGACUUCUGGUCAGGAGGAGGUUCAGAACCCCUCCACCAAUGAGGCUAUCCCCACCCAGGAGGCUGCUGAGACCCAAGAGGAUGAAGAGGAUGCUGAGAUCGAGACCGUCCAGACCGGCAAGGAGGCUGUCCAGACCCCCAAGGAGGCUGCGCAGACCGCCAAGGAGGCUGCUGUCCAGACCCCCAAGGAGGCUGCUGAGAUCGAGACCCAGGAGGCUGUGGAGGCUGUCCAGGCCCCCAAGGAGGCUGCUGAGAUCGAGACCCAGGAGGCUGUCCAGACCCCCAAGGAGGCUGCUGAGACCCAGGCUGUCCAGACCCCGAAGGAAGAGGUUGCGGAAACCACUGUGCUGCUUGAUAGUGAUGAAAACAUGGAGGGUGGAGCAUUUCAAGAUGCCACUGGCAACCCAACGGUGAAGGGCCAGAAGUACAUGAACAAAGCAAAUGAAGAAAAAUGCGACCGCAUCAUGGCUGAAACCAAGAAUAGCAACAAAGAAGACAUCCUAGCGGCGCAAAAGAAAAUGCGUCAGACUCUCCGAGAGGGUGAGGCCGACGAUGAAGUCGAAGAUGAGGACAGGGAGCUCAUGGCCGCAGAAGAAGAAGGGAGGAAAGAAGAUAAGAAGCCGGAGGAUGAGGAGAAGGCCCAUGAAGAAGAACCACCGAAGCGAAGAAAAAAUAAUGCCAAAGAUGCGGGCUCUGACCAACAAGCAGGCCCUGCAGAGGAGAAAGGAGAGGAUUGUGAAGUGAAGGACGCUGAGGGGGAUGGCAAAGAUCAAGAGGUUGCUGAUGCAAAGAAAAAAAGACAAGUCAGCGAAGACGCUCAGCCAAGAAAGAAAAGAACACCAAAGACCAAGACCUCCGCCGCUGCCAAGGAGGCUCCACCCAAUAAGGAGUCCCCUGACAACCAACAAGGUUUGUUUUCGGAGGAGGAUGUCGACAGCCCCUCGAAGGUUGAAGAUCGUGGUGAAGAUAUCAAGACCAAGAGGACCCGUUCCCCAGAGAAGUCACAGGCGGAAGCAGAAAAGACUGCAGGAUCGGAAGGGGACAAGUCCAAAAAGGCCAAAGUGUCCACCAAGAAGUCGCGGGAGAAGGCAGAACAUGAGGUGGAAAGGAAGCAGGAGACCCCAAAGAAGAGCAGCCCUUUCAAGGAAGCCAGCCGAGCUGCUGCCCGUGCGGUCAGAAAGAGAAAUGACCCAGUCAAGAAGAAACUCGACUUCAAAGAAGCUGAGAAGGAAGGUGAAGAUGAGAAGAACAAAGACAAAGAAGUUCGAGAGCAAGAGAUGAUGGCCGCUUGGUGUACAUGA